GUUUUAACUUCUUCAUUUGGCGAGCCAGCCACUUGGGAUCCAUCGUUUAGUAUGAUGGUUCUUCUUUGACAUAGUUAUUUGCUUUUUUCAAUCACCGUGUUCAGCAACAACCUUGGCUGUGGGCCUUAGUAGAGAUACCUUCGUACGCAGGUGGCUAGAUUGAUAGAUACUGCAAGGAAAAGAAGAAAUUAUGUUUUCAGGGUUCAAGGAGAUCAAGAUUCGAUAUACUUUUACACGAUGGUGGUUGGAAUUGGGGAAAGUGGUUGGUGAAACGAGAAUAUAUAUCUCUUCAGGUCAUCCGUUGAAGUGAUUUUCUCUCAGCAUACUUUACAACUCAAUCAUCAAUCGUAAUACAUCAACAUCAUACACACCCCUUAUACUUUAUAUAUUAUUUAUUGCCACACAAACCCAUCAUUACGGCUAAGCCACUGAAGAAACGUCCCUUCUACAUCCUACCCUAUCACGAUUUCCCUUCACCCCACUUAGACAUUGACACUGAGAGUCUCAAGUUAACAAUGUCAGGAGAAGGCACAGACCUUCCAACAUUCCAAAGCAGUAGGACUGCGGAUGGAGAUGUUAUAAACCGUCCUGGUUCUUCACAACAACAAUUGGUACCAAUUGCACAUACUAUAUCGUCCCCUUCUAAGGCAUAUCAAAAGGAUACGGCAAUGUGGUCGCCUCCCCUUUCAUCACAUCCAAUCAUGUCACCACCAGACCUCACUCCACAACACCCUGUCUUCUCCACUGAAGAUCUUACAAGACCAGCUGCAGGUCUGAGAAGAAGACCAUCAGUACCUCCACCAAGAAGAUAUUCCAAUGGCGAUUACGACCCCAAGCUUAGCUUCACAUCCGAUACAGGGAGAGCUCUUCGUGCUCGAGAAGACCUCUACUAUAGCGAUCGGGAGAGAGAGAACUCAAUGUCAUCCCGCACACGUGCUCGUGAUGAUCACCCUCAUCCUGAUUAUCACGAACGUUCCCGUCCUCCACGUACAUAUCGCAAUGUUGUAGGAUGGGAAAGUGGUCCACAGAAAUCAUACUUUGAUGAUUCUUCGAGAAGUGAUCUUGGCAAAGAUCGAGACUUAGAAAAGGGGAUGAGAGAAGCAGGUGCUGCACCUGAGUGGGCUAGUGGUGAGAAGGUUAGAAGAAAGAGUACAGAUGAGAGUAUCGAUGGGUAUAACUAUGAAUCGCAUAAACGGAAUGGAACGAAAGGAACGAUUGAUUUGAAUAAUUUGACGCCAGAAGAAAGAGCUAUGGUUCUGAGGUUACCAUGGACACAAUGGAUGAACAGCAAUUUCAAGAAUCACUUCGUCGCAACAAUCGGUGAAUUCGUCGGCACAACUAUGUUUCUCUUCUUUGCUUUUGCUGGUACUCAAGUAGCCAAUAUCGACAGUAACACAGUAAACACUACCACAGGUGCCGCGACAGGUUUCAACAUCGCAGUUCAGCUUUACAUUGCAGUUAUCUUCGGUUUCUCUCUCAUGGUCAACGUAUGGAUUUUCUUCCGUAUUUCUGGUGGUCUCUUCAACCCCGCCGUUACCCUCGGUAUGGUACUUGUCGGUGCUAUCCCUAUUCCCCGCGCUGCCUGUCUAUUCUUCGCCCAGAUCCUCGGUGGCAUAGCUGCUAGUGGAAUGGUUCUCGGUCUCUUCCCUACUACAUUCAAUGUACGAACUACGCUCGGGGCUUCGACAUCUACUGUACAAGGUGUGUUUAUCGAGGCGAUUCUGACAGCUGAGUUGGUAUUUACCAUCUUCAUGUUGGCGAAGGAGAAACAUAAGGCUACUUUCAUUGCGCCAGUGGGUAUUGGUUUGGCCUUGUUCAUCGCCGAGAUGGUGGGAGUCUAUUAUACUGGAGGAAGUUUGAACCCGGCGAGAAGCUUUGGUCCUUGUGUUGUUAGUGGAUCUUUCGAUAAGGAGCAUUGGAUUUAUUGGAUCGGACCAAUAACCGGAACAUUCAUCGCAGUAUUCUUCUACAAAUUCAUCAAGAUGCUUGAAUACGAAAUGGCAAAUCCAGGUCAAGACGGAGAUGCAAAGAAUGACCCCACACAAAAUGAAAAGAAGCGAGAACAAAUCUUGGAAGAGAGAAACAGGAGGUACGAGAAGAGGAAUGGAAGUUUGAGACCGGGAAGUCGGUUGAGUUAAACCGUAAAGGGUGAAAAGAAGAAGAUGAGGUAUGGUGAGGACUCCGAGGUUGCAGGGGAGGUAAUGAGGAGUGAGGAGCUCGAUUGGAUGUUGUCUUGCCUUGUUCUUGCGUUGUCUGCCUUUGCGAAUGUUUGCUGCCCUUAUAUACCGAUUACCUGCUUGCUCGGCCGAUUGCUUGCUUGUUUAUUUGCUUUCACUUUACACGGUACUUCAUUUACUUUGGCCUGGCUUUAUAGCCGGCGCGAGAAAAACAGGAGAUGGAGGAAUUAAUGAGUUAUGACGUCGAAGAUUACUUGUAUUUUUAUACCUAGCACUUUUUUUAUAGAAAUUUGCACCAAUGAAUGAUAAUGCCA